AUGUUUGACCUGCUGCUGCAUGCAAAGAAAGGGGUGAAAGCAAAGAAAGGGGUGAAAGCAAAGAAAGGGGUGAAAGCAAAGAAAGGGGUGAAAGCAAAGAAAGGGGUGAAAGCAAAGAAAGGGGGGAAAAAAGCAAAGAAAGGGGGGAAAAAGCAAAGAAAGGGGGGAAAAAAGCAAAGAAAGGGGGGAAAAAAGCAAAGAAAGGGGGGAAAAAAGCAAAGAAAGGGGAGAAAAAAGCAAAGAAAGGGGGGAAAAAGCAAAGAAAGGGGGGAAAAAAGCAAAGAAAGGGGGGAAAAAAGCAAAGAAAGGGGGGAAAAAAGCAAAGAAAGGGGGGAAAAGCAAAGAAAGGGGGGAAAAGCAAAGAAAGGGGGGAAAAGCAAAGAAAGGGGGGAAAAGCAAAGAAAGGGGGGAAAAGCAAAGAAAGGGGGGAAAAGCAAAGAAAGGGGGGAAAAGCAAAGAAAGGGGGGAAAAGCAAAGAAAGGGGUUGUAAACAAAGAAAGGGAAAGGGGUGGAAAACAAAGAAAGGGGAAAACAAAGAAAGGGGAAAACAAAGAAAGGGGAAAACAAAGAAAGGGGAAAACAAAGAAAGGGGAAAACAAAGAAAGGGGAAAACAAAGAAAGGGAGAAAAAACAAAG